UGCAGGAGAACUCCGUUCACACUUGGGUAACUUGCUCUUCCCAAUCUAUCCAAAUCCUUCUCAACUCCUGCCACCAUGACUCGUUUCUUCAGCUGUGGAAGCUACUUCCCAGGUUAUCCUUGCUAUGGAACCAACUUCUACAGGACCUUCAGAGCCACCUCCCUGAACGUUGUCGUACCCCUGGGCUCUCGCAUGAACUAUGGUUGUGGAUGCAAUGGCUACAGCUCCCUGGACUACAGCUUUGGUGGUAGCAACAUCAGCAACCUGGACUGUGGCUGUGGUGGCAGCUUUUCCAGGCCAUGGGGCUCUGGCUCUGACUUUGGCUACUGCACCUACUGAUGGACCAAUGGCUCCAGGUGACUACAGGACUCUCAAUCAAUUCUCUGUGCAUAGAACAACCUAAAGAGCAAUGACUGCCUUCCUGCCUCCGGAUGUGGUUGGGAAGUACAUCUUCCAUCUUCUUGCUGAUGUCUUACUGAGGUCCUGGUCUUUGAUGAUGCUGAACAAAUUACCCAGGCAUCAAACUAUUAUCUAAUAUGAUACUCAUGUACAGCCA